AUGCGUAGAACCGUCAGCAUGUUCACCAUGACUGGAAGCAAAGAUCACUCGGUUCGCAAGAGGAUGUUGUCCAACAUCUACAGCAAGUCGUUUUUACAGUCGUCACCUCAUAUGCGUCUUAUCUCAAGGACUAUAGUAUAUGACCGUCUUCUUCCAAUCCUACACGAAGCAGCCACUUCAAACGUACCUGUUGAUGUUCAUGACCUCAAUCAGGGACUGACAAUGGACUUCGUAUCAGCAUAUCUUUACGGUGUCAGAAAUGGCACCAAUUUCCUUCAGGACGCGCCUUAUAGACAAAGGAUGCUCCAUUUAUACCAGUGCAGGAAGCCUUUUGAGUUCUAUUACCAGGAAGUUCCUAACCUUCUUUCUUGGACAAAGUCUUUGGGCAUCCGCUUGAUACCAAGAUAUUGCGACCAGGCCAACGAGAUUCUUGACUCUUGGGGGCUGAGACUGUGCGAUAAAGCAGAGGAAUCGCUAAAGUCGACCAAACUUGAGGAUGAGCCGGCCGUGUAUAAACAGCUCAAGCAGACGAUAUCGAAGCACCUUCCUGCAGAUAAAAAUGACGUGGAAUACGCGCGGAACCUCGAGCAGCAGCGGCUUGAUAUUGCCUGCGAGAUGUAUGACCAUUUGACGGCGGGUCAUGAAACCAGCGCCGUCGCUCUUACAUAUCUCUUUUGGGAACUCUCAAAGCGCCCUGAUCUACAGGACGCUCUUCGGAAGGAACUUUCCACCCUUGAACCAAUGAUUAUAUUCCCUCGACCAUCCGCAUCUGCGGAGCUGCCUCCGGCAAAGUCAAUUGACUCCUUGCCCCUGCUUGAAGCAAUAGUCACGGAGACACUGCGCCUUCAUGCUCCGAUCCCAGGAAUCCAGCCUCGAGUCACGCCGUAUCCGUCGUGCACUUUGGUAGGAUACAACAACAUCCCUGCCAAGACGAGGGUCAAUGCACAAGCCUAUUCCCUUCACCGCAAUCCAGAGGUGUACCCAGAUCCAGAAACUUGGGAACCGAAGCGGUGGCUGAGAGAUGUCAACACUCCUUCUGAGUUGGAGGAGAGAAGGCGAUGGUUCUGGGCUUUCGGAAGUGGCGGAAGAAUGUGUGUAGGCAGCAACUUAGCCUUGCAAGGUAAGGGAGCAUCUUCGUCACACAAAAGUAUCAAGCUGACGUGA